CACGUCGAAUCCAAGCUUAUCAAGUUUUGGGUCUGCUUACCAACUCUGUUUUCUCAAAUCUUUUGGCGACUUUGUUUUGUUUGCUUAGAAAGCUGAAAGAGGAAUUUUUAAGUUCAAUCUCAUUUCUGUAAGAUGGCCUCUGUAAUUGGAGAAGCUCUUCUAGGAAAAGUAUGUGAGAUCGCCCUUGAGAUGGCACUUCAGAGACUGACUGAGGAGGCAAAUCUAGUGAUGCAUUUCAAAAAAGAGUUGAGAUGGUUAAACAAGAAACUCACAUAUGUGAGGGGUUUUCUCAAAGCUGCUGAUCAACAGUCUCGAUAUAAUGAGGAUGUGAAAGAAUGGCUGGAGGAGAUUCGCGUUAUUUCCUUGCUUGCAGAGGACAUCUGUGAGGAAUGUGCUGUGGAAUCUCUGUAUGGAAAUAACGCCCAAUCUUGUGGGUUGAGUUGUAAUCAAUGGAUUUUUCGCUAUCGGAUAGGGCGGAGAAUUAAGGACAUCAAGGACCGCAUCAGAUCUAUUAUUGAAGAGGGCAACGAUCUGAAGUUAUUGCGUGAUGUUUCUUCUGCAAAUGAAGCUAUUGCAUCACCCAGUACUAGUACAUCUCAAAGUGCAGAGUGGAAGAGAUCUAGACUUCUGCCUAGAGAUUCACACUCACACUCAGUAGGAAUACAGUCCAAAGUUGAUGAUAUGCUCAGAUUGUUGGGCAACGAUGCCUCUCCAGUCAUUGCGGUGGUUGGGAUGGGAGGGAUGGGCAAGACCCAUCUUCUUCAGCAUGUUUACAACAGCGUAAAAGAAAGGUACGAGAAAUCUAUAUGGCUUUCAGUCUCUCAGUCUUAUUCUGUUUCCAAAUUACAGAAAGAUUUAGUCUUCCAGUUAGAUAAAGAUUUACAUGAGAAGGGUAGUGAAGUGAGUGAGCAGGUAUUAGCUCAGUUGAUUAAUGAAAGUUUGCAAGGAAAGAGGUGUCUUUUGGUAUUAGAUGAUGUGUGGAGAGCUGGUGGAGAAAAUGAUUUGUUAGCUAGACUUGGCCUCCCAAGUGGAGACAAUAACCCAUGCAAAAUUGUGGUGACCACAAGAAGCAGAGAAGUUUGCGCAAGUUUGAAUGCUCAAAUUUAUGAGAUGCAAUAUUUGUCCGAUGAAGAGAGUUGGAGGCUUUUUUGCGUUUAUGCAUUUGAGGGAAAAAGAGAGCCAGAGCAGCAUCUCAUGGAAGAGGUGGGUCGUAAGAUUGUAAAGCAAUGUGGAAAUCUGCCACUGGCUAUCAAAACGAUAGCCGCAUCUCUGGCAAAGACCAGAAUGCCAAGGGACUGGGACUCCAAGCUCCAGCAGCUUCAAGGGGUCCAAGGGAUUGCCAAUGUUGAUCCCAUCAUCCCUAUUCUCAGAUUGAGUUAUGAUUCUUUGCCUGCAAUUCUGAAAGCUUGCUUUGCUUAUCUUUCCUUCUUUCCGGAGGAUGAGCAGAUAAAUUGUGAGUAUCUGGUAAAUUUGUGGAUUGGGGAAGGUUUUAUUCCAGCAGGAGAGGGCCAAUGGGAUGCGGCAUGGAACUGUUUAUAUCAACUUGCCAAUCUCUGUCUACUUCAACUAUGGGAAGAAGUGAAUCCUACUCUAACCAAAUAUUGUAGAAUUCACGAUUUGUUGCUUGACUUGGCCAUACACAUAUCAAGAGAAAAUAAAUGUGUUUUUUCAGUUGAGGAAGUCUGUAAAGAUACCAGUAGUGACUUUUGUCGGAUAUUACUGAGCAAGAAAGAUAUAGAUGAUGACAACAUCUCAGAGAGUUGUCCUAUUUGUCUCCGCACAUUCUCAUUAUCUCAGAAUGAGGGGAUUUUCAGCAUUCCGACAAACUUGUUUACCGCUAUGAGAGGACUGCGCGUUCUCGAUUUGAGCGAGACAAACAUCUCUGCAUUGCCUGAAAGCAUUGGAAAGAUGAAACUCCUCAAAGUAUUGAAUUUAUGGUACACAAUUAUUAGAGAGGUACCGGAGUGUGUGAGACAUCUGAAAAGUCUCAUGUUUCUUGCUCUGCCUGGGGAAUGUGACAAUUUACCAGUAUGGAUAAAUGAACUCAAAUGUCUUCAGCAUAUAGAAUGCGAGGGGGUUAGUCGCAUGCCAAAGGGAAUAUCAAAGAUGCUCUCUUUGAGAACACUGCGAUCUGAUUGGUUGGAUCUGUCCGUUGAAGAGGAGGAAUUGAUGAGAUCAGAGGAUUUGGCCAAUAUGACUCAGCUUCAGGAACUAUGGUUAAAUGUUAAGCAUGAAAUGGAGUUGGAAGGGAUCCUUGCUUGGCCGGUGAAGAUGCGUCGUCUAUUUAUCUGUAAUGAGACAGGAAUACAACUUUUAGAGCUUCCGGAGAAAAUGACAGCAAUGAAAGACCUGGAAAGUCUUAAAAUAGACAACUUUGCAGUGCCAAGUUGGAUAUGUGGUUUCGCAAAUCUCAGGGAACUCGAGUUAAAUGGGUGUGAUUGUAGUGAUUAUCCAGAGUUGCAAAUAAUGCCCAACCUAGUGAGGUUGGAGUUGUAUGGGAAUAUUCGGUGCAGAGAAUUGCCAAAGGCGUUUGGAAAGGCGGGAGGGUUUCCACAGCUCCGCUUCUUGAAGAUUGGUUGGUUCAGAGAAUUAGAGGAGUUUCCAGAAUUGGAGGAGGGGGCAAUGGCAUGUCUUGAGGAGUUGGUGCUAUUCAUGUGUCUCAAAGUGAAGAAAGUGGGAGAGGGAUUGGAGCGGCUGAAAAGACUCAGGGUUUUCGAUUAUCAUGAAUCAGGGACCAGUGAGGUAAAGGAGAAAUUCAAGGAAGGUGGAGAAUAUUGGCAUAAAAUCAAAUCCAACAAUCCCCACCUAAUUAUUUCUGGUUAGGCAUUUUAUGUUUUGAAUUGUAAAGUUUAUAUUUAAAUUGUUAGUAUUCAUUUA